CUUGUUUUCUCAGCUUGUUAUUGGCUGUUAAAAGAUAUUCUUUCCUUGUUCAAUUGAACCCCUUUCUCGGCCAACAAACCACCGCCUUCCGCAGUUGCGCCACCGCCGGAAACCACUGCAUCACUACCACCUCAGUUCUCUUUGAUUAUCUCCUAUCACGUGUCUUUUUUUCCGCCGCCUCCGAAAAACACAGAGCUAGAAAAAAAAUCGACAUCAAAUAAACCCUUCCUUUUUUCCUUCGUCCCUAAAACUCACUGUCGAGCCCUAAUUCUAGUUCUGUUUUUUUUCCUGUUCCUUAUCGCAACAGUUUGGAGUUUACCCAGAUCAAAUUACGAGUUGAUCACAUCUAUCGAUCGUAAUUUAAACCCUAAUCGAUCUUUUUAUUUUCAAGUAAUUGAGAAAUCGAUUCUUUCGCUGGGAGAGAGAGAUAAUGGCGAUAGCCGCGCCUGAGCAGCUAAAUGUUAGCGAAUUGCCGGCAUGGGGUUCUCGAAGCGUCGAUUGCUUCGAGAAAUUGGAGCAGAUUGGUGAAGGAACUUAUGGACAAGUUUACAUGGCAAAAGAAAUCGAUACGGGGGAAAUUGUUGCUUUGAAGAAGAUACGAAUGGACAAUGAAAGAGAAGGGAUCUCUACAUAUGGCUAUUGGUUUUAAUCCAUUUAUGUGCCUGCAGUUUCCCAUAACGGCAAUCAGGGAAAUCAAAAUAUUAAAGAAGCUUCACCAUGAAAAUGUAAUCAAGUUGAAAGAGAUCGUCACAUCUACUGGUCCUGAGAAGGAUGAGCAACCGGCACCAGAUGGUAACAAGUACAGAGGUGGAAUUUACAUGGUCUUCGAAUACAUGGACCAUGAUUUGACCGGACUCGCCGAUCGUCCUGGAAUGAGAUUCUCUGUUCCACAAAUUAAGUGCUACAUGAGACAGCUUUUGACAGGGCUUCACUACUGUCAUGUAAAUCAAGUGCUUCACCGUGAUAUUAAAGGUUCUAAUCUUCUGAUAGACAAUGAAGGAAACCUGAAGCUUGCGGAUUUCGGUCUCGCUCGGUCGUUUUCAAGUGACCACAAUGCUAAUCUUACAAAUCGUGUGAUUACUCUGUGGUAUAGACCGCCCGAGUUGCUGCUCGGAACCACCAAGUAUGGCCCUGCUGUUGAUAUGUGGUCGGUUGGUUGCAUCUUUGCCGAACUUCUUAAUGGGAAACCGAUAUUUCCCGGGAAAGAUGAGGCGGAACAAAUACAUAAAAUUUACGACAUAUGUGGGAGUGCUACUGAGGAGAUUUGGCCUGGAGUUUCGAAGCUUCCUUGGUAUAAUAAUUUUAAGCCGACAAGGAUGGUGAAAAGGCGUCUUAGAGAGCAUUUCCGACACUUCGACCGCCAUGCCCUGGAUUUACUUGAUCGGAUGCUGAUUCUUGAUCCAUCUCACAGAAUAGCAGCAAAGGAUGCUCUUGAUGCCGAGUAUUUCUGGACAGAUCCAUUACCUUGCGACCCCAAAAGUUUGCCCAAAUACGAAGCUUCACACGAAUUCCAGACAAAGAAAAAAAGGCAGCAGCAGAGGCAGCUAGACGAAAACGCAAAAAGGCAGAAGCUACAACACCAGCAGCAGCAGCACUCUCGCGUUCCGCCAGCUCAGCAGAUGCGGCCCGGCCCGAAUGCACCAGCUCAGCCUCAAGCCGCAGGCCAUCACUACGGUAACAAGCCACGCGGGCCUUCUGGUGGGCCUGGAAGAUAUCCAGCUGCUGCUGCUGCAGCAGGAAAUCCUUCCGGAAGCUACAAUAACCCUAACCGCGGUCAAGGUGCUGCUGCGGGCUAUGGCAGUGCACCUUAUCCACCGCAGGGGCGGGCCCCACCCUAUGGUUCGAGUGGCCUGCCGGGCGCGGGUCCACGAGGUGGACCUAAUUACCCGCACGGCGGUCCACCAUAUGGCUCUUCUGGAGGUGGACGUGGCUCGAAUGUGGUGCCUGGAAAUCGCAACCAGCAAUAUUGGCAGUAAUGAUGCAUCUGUUUAGGUAUUGUUAUGAUGUGGAGGAGGUUGGUUGUAUGAAGAGAGUAUCGGAAUUUGUUAACUAUAGAUAAUUGUUGAGAUAGAUUUUAUGUAUUUCGGGUCGGGUUGGAAUAUUUUCUUCUCUAUUAAUUCUUUGUUGUGUGAUCAGCAUUGUUUUUGCUCUCUGGUGUUGUUAUUUUCCCCUUGUACUGUCACUUAUAGUGUCUUAUUUCUCUCUUAAGAUAUUCGUGAAUGA